GUUUGGUAAUCUUCAUAUCUGGUGCAAUGUAACCGUCUGUAGCCCGUAUGUAAUACGGAAGUGACCUGGACAAAAUGGCGAAGGGAACAACAAUCUUGUAUCUAUUUGCGGUGGCAGUGUUGGGUCAAGCGUUGACCCCCUCUACAUUCCUGACCACUGUGGACAAGGAACGACUGCGUGCAGUAUUUGAGGCUGCUCAACCAUAUACAGAUGCUGCUAAUGCUCAUUAUUCCAUAUUGGGCCUUAAAUUAUUAGGAGCCACAAUUGCAAAAGAACAGGAUGUCUGUAAAAGCGUCACAUCAACAUUAAAAUCAGACAACGUUGAGUCCUGGUUCCAUGCAUCUAAAGCCGCUGCUGCCCUCUCCAGCUGCAAGCUACCUGUGGGAAAUGCAGAGAAACUACUCAAUGAGGCCGUAUCAGCUGGUGGAAGUGUGGCGGCCAUUUACUAUGCCUUCUUUGCGCUGAAAAACCUUGGGCUGCCAGUUGACAAUGCAAAAAUUACAGCAGCCCUUUCUGAGGCUUUGAAAUCGGAUGAUUCACCUUUAAGCCACAGCUAUGCCUUUCACGUUGCCACGGAGAUUGGUGGUGCAGAGCUGGGCAAGUACUUUGACCUUAUUGAGGACAUCAUAGCGCAGGCUGAUGAAGUGGAUGGUGUCUAUCUACAGUUUGAAGGAGGUCUUUCUGUUACGGCAGCAAUCCUUGAAAGUGCAUAUAAGUUGGCUGGCAAACAUGGAAAAGCUCCAACCAUCUCUGAGGACAAAGUACUGAAGUUUGCCAACUACUUGCUGAGCAGGAAACACGUUCAAAGACUCAAGUCUGCCUACGAGCUCCUUGCCGCUGCCGCCAUCUUGUCCAACAACAAGUUCCACAUCCCACUCUGUGUGACUCUGUCCAGCUCUAUUGCUGUAAGCCAGUCCAAACCAACUGUUCAGGUGCGUGUGUCUGACAUGCUGGGAGGCAGUCUGGGCAAGACGACAGUGACAGCAGACAGUGCCAAGAACCUCGGGGACCAGUCUGUGGUCGUCAACAAGAAACAGUUUAAGGACACCAGUGAUGAGUCCCUGUUUGAGAUGGACUUCAUGGCCAACAAGCCGUCCAGCGGGUUCUACAAGGUCACGGUCAGUGUAACCCCCGCCAAGGCCGAUGCCCGCCUCAUUGGCACCUCAGGCGCCGCAGUAACCGUUAAGGUGACCACCCAGGUCAGCCUUGACAACGUGGAGAUAGGGGUUGCUGACAAGGACCAGGCAUCUGCCCCAAAACCAGUCAGGGUGCAGCACCCACAGAAGGUAGGGCAGGUGCUGGAGGCAGACUUCCACCAGAAGGUGAUCAUGAAGUUCUCGCUGACCGACAAGACCGGGGGUGCCAUGUUCAGGGCCCACCAGACGUUUGUCAAGCUGACCAACCUGGAGAGCAAGCAGGAGAUCAUCUUUGUGGCUGAGAGCGACAGCAGCAAUAACUACAAGUUUGAGCUGAAUGUGGGUGGCAGUGCCAAGGACUUUGGGUUCAAGACUGGCAAGUACAGUCUGGAGCUGGUGAUAGGAGACGCCGUCAUUGAGAACCCCAUAGCCUGGACUGUGGCCGAUGUUGCCCUGACAUUCCAAGAUGGGCCAGCAGCGACUGAGAAGCCCGACCAGUAUGCCAAGAAACCAGAAAUCAAGCACAUGUUCCGUGAGCCAGAGAAGAGGCCGUCCCAGAGCGUUUCCAUGGCGUUCACUGUCCUAGUGCUGGUUCCCAUUGCCAUCCUCUUCCUCUGUUGGAUGAAGAUUGGAGUGAACAUUGCCAACUUCCCGUUCUCCAUCAGUGCUAUUGGAUUCCACGUCUGUCUGGCUGCGGUGUUCAGCCUGUACUACUGCUAUUGGACACACCUAGACAUGUUCCAGACCCUAAGAUACUUGGGAUUUUUAGGAGUACCCACGUUUAUAUUCGGCAACCGAAUGCUCAGUAGUAUUGCAGCGAAAAGGAAGGGAGAGAAGUCCUAGAUAUCAUCAACAAUGAAGAAUGUGAGAGUCCGGGAGAGUGAUUGUGUUUUAGGAGUUAAAUGAGCAUCAUUUUGGGAAAACUGGGCGAAAUGCAUGUGCUUAAAGUGCCGUCCCAUAUAAGCCUGUGCUGUCUGCACAGGCUAAAAAGGAUGACACUUUCAAGUUAUUGUUAUUGAUGCUGCUGUAAUAUUGACAUGAGGUACAUACCAAAGAUUGAAGUUCAGUUUAAAAGAUACAUAUUUGAUGUUUCAAAUUUAAAAAAAAAACAGCAAUAUUGUUCAUCUUUAAUAUACAGGUAGUAUUAUUUCUUGGAAUGAUUAUGGUUCAGUCAUUAAUUGUUAUAUUUUUGGAUUGGUAAUAAAUUGUAGAUGUAUCGACUCUGUCCUAUUUUGUAUGUGUGUGUUGUAUGUUAAAAUAUUUCUAGUUUUUCGAUAAAAAUUUCUCAUUAUGUUGUUUGGGGAUCACAGUGUGCUAUCAGUACAUUAGCUAAUACUUUUAUUAAGUGUGAAUUCCACAUGCAUUUCUUACAUGAUGUAUUUAUGCAAGUGUCAUCCUAGUGCACAUGUUUAAAUUAUAUAAAAUAUAUUUUGUCAGCUUAUAAUGUGAAACAAUUUAGUGUUUAUAUUGAAAUUAAAAUAUUUGUGACAA